AUGGCUACUGUCCGACAAGCCAAUGUAGAACAGCGAGAAAUUGAACGGCAACUCGACGCUCAGAAUCAUUCUGAAAGACGCCGCAGCGUACGAGUUAGACUUGAACAACGCCUUCGAAAUACGGAAUCGCGCCACCAAUCUCGUCUUAAUCCGGACUACAGUGUUGCAGAACAAGAACGAAACACAGUUGAACGUCGUCGAGCUCGCUUGGAUCCAAACUACAGCGCAAUUCAGCAGGCACGGGACACUCAAGGGCAUAGGCAAGCUCGCCUGGAUCCGGAAUACCGCGCUGCAGAACAAGGUCGAAACACGGCUGGACGUCGUCGAGCUCGAUUGGAUCCGAACUAUAGCGCAACUCAGCAGGCACGGGACACUGAAGGCCAUAGGCAAGCUCGCUUGGAUCCGGAAUACCGCGCUGCAGAACAAGGACGAAACACGGCUGGGCAUCGACGAACUCGCUUGGAUUCGGAGUACAGCAUAGCUGAACAAGCUCGGAACACUGAGUCCCGUCGGCAAGCUCGUCUGGAUCUGGACUACGUUGGCGAGGAACAGGAGCGAAACACAGCCGGACGUCUGGAUCCGGGCACCGUUGCUGAGGAACAAGAGCGAAAUACAGCAGGACGUCGUCGGGCUCGUCUGGAUCCGGACUACGUUGUCGAGGAACAAGAGCGAAACACAGCCGGACGUCGUCGAGCUCGUCCGGAUCCGGGCACCGUUGCUGAGGAACAAGAGCUUAAUACAGCAGGACGUCGUCGAGCUCGUCUGGAUCCGGACUACAUUGUCGAGGAACAAGAGCGAAACACAGCCGGACGUCGUCGAGCUCGUCUGGAUCCGGGCACCGUUGCUGAGGAACAAGAGCGAAAUACAGCAGGACGUCGUCGAGCUCGUCUGGAUCCGGACUACGUUGUCGAGGAACAAGAGCGAAACACAGCCGGACGUCAUCGAGCUCGUCUGGAUCCGGGCUAUGUUGCUGAAGAACAAGAGCGAAACACGGCCGGACGUCGUCAAGCUCGCUUAAAUCCAAACUACAGCGCUGCUGAACGAGAGAGAAAUGCUGAACAACACCGAAUAAGGAGGAAUAACCCGGUUACAAGCGCCGAGGAACGAACUACAAACACAUCGCAAAGGAGAGAAACUCGCCAGCAACGGAGACUACGAGAACAACAAAUUCGGAAUAUGGCAGAGGAGCGCCUUAUUACUUUCAGAGGAAAUUCAGAAAAUCGAUUGGAAGCAUCUAGAAGGCAAUCACAAAGGAAUAUUGCAGCAAGAGCCGAUCGAACAGAAGAAGAACGGGAGGAAGCCAGAGAAAGGGAACGCCAGCGAAGAAGGGAAUCUGCAACUACAGUAUAUAAGAGGAAAAUCAAGGAAGGACCAACGGAAUGCUGCAUAUGCUGUGGAGGGACGUGGUUCCCAGACAAGCCCUUCCACGCACAUCUGACAAUACCCAUACUAUCCAAGUCCAUUUAA